AUGUCAGGGUAUGCAAACGAAGUAGGAGAAUCAUUCCGUUCGUUAAUUCACGUUUAUUGGGUAAGAGCUUCCUAUGGGGUUGCCAGUUUAUACGUAUUGGCAGACACCGCUGAUAAAACAAUUAAAGCUCAUAAUAUAGAAAAAGGAAAUAAAGAAUACAACAAGUAUAAAGUUGUUAUGACGACGGUGGAUACCAUUACCUGGCAAGGAUUGGCAUCCGUCAUUAUUCCAGGUCUGACAAUAAAUAGAAUCUGCGCUGCGACUUUUUUUUCUCUAUCCAAAUUAACAAAAUUUUCUUCUGCUACAAGAAAGUGGACGACAACGGCCGUCGGUUUAGGAUGCAUACCUUUCAUCGUUACUCCGAUCGAUACUUUUGUCGAUUUUUUAUUGAAUAAAACUCUGAGACCAUUAUUCCGCUAG